AUAAUGCACAUGUCCGCGUUUAUUUUAUGUACAUAUAGAUACCACCAUUGAUUAGACAAAAGGAAAAGAGGUUCAAGUCCAAUGUUAUCCGUGUUUGCGUACACUGCGUAUACAGUAAUGCUACACAAAGUGAAUCGUCCGAAGAAUAAAACUUGGCCCGAUGAGUGGCAAAUGCGAUAAAUAUCGCAUUUCAACGCGUAAACUUUUUACGUGAUAUGCACGGUGUGAUGACUUCAUAUUAAAUUACAAAAUGUAUUGUGCGCUGGGAAGAUGUUUUUACAGGCACGACGCGGUGAGAGCUUUAAGCACGGGCGAAAUAUCCACUGCACUACGACCUUUUUAUUUCACCGUUCACCCAGACCUUUUCGGACAAUACCCUACACAAAGAACAGUGAAUGAGAAUUCUUUGAAACAGCUGAGUUCUAUUAUAGAGAACUUGCAACAACAGAGACCGAUAAGGCCUACAAUUUUGCCGUUUUAUUUGCGUUCGAAAAAUGAGGAGGAGCUAAAAGCUGGGAAGUUCACUCUGGUGCAGAUACAGUUGAAAGAAAAGGAUCUGAGGCAAACUAUUUUGUCUAUUCUGAAGACAUGCGAUUUGCCAACGACGUUCGUGGAUCAGAUCGAGGAACCGAAAACUCCACCAGGAAGUACAAAGUUCAAGUCGAGAUUUUGGGGAAGAAGAGGAGCGGGGGAAGACAUUGAUUUCUCAGAGUUAGAAGAUGAUCCCAUUUACGCAUCUAUUUUAAUGAAAAGGAAAAUUAAUAUAGAGCCAGAUACACUUAAGGCAUACUUAGAUAAACAUAUUAACGAAGUACAUGUAAAGCUGGAAGCAUGCAGGCCAAUGAGAGAAGAAGUAGAAAAGUUAGAAAAGAUAUUGUGCAGUAAAUUGGGUUUAAAAAAUAUCAUAUGGGACUGCGGCUGGAAUAUAACUCAUUACAGAGGAUGUUUACUAGCGUUCAAAGCACUGGCUGAACAUCAUCCCGAACCUAUGGAUGUCUUGAACGAUAGAACACUCGUGUUCGCCAAUGACACAGGCAUUAGUCUUGAGGGGAAUGUUAUGUUAAAUUCAGGUGAAGUUAGGCACAAUUGGCUUGAUCUGAUCAAAAACAUUCGAAAGUAUGAUGUGGUCUUGUUGAGAUUACCAGCCUUCGAGAAGGCAGUCUCGCAAGUGCUUCUUGACAUUAAAGUUGGUCGACGGGUACUCUAUAUGUGCAGGAAAUUCAUGCCCAAAGUAAUGGUUAGCCAGUACGAACGUCAGCUUCGGCAGCUUACUACGACCCUCUCGGAUUACCGAGGGCGACGAACAUAUCCGAAAGUGUGGCCGGCCGAUCUGUCCACUUACGAAAUUGUAAUUGAAGCUGAAGCAGGUCCCUUGAUGCUCUCUCCUACCGGACAAUUCAUAGUACCAUCUUCUUGCCCAAGCUUCCUUUUGGUUAACUUCAUCACGGAAAACUUGGAGGAAGCCACGAAGAGAUUACAUCAUUACAAUAACAUAAAGUACGUAGAACGAGAACUUCAUGAUAAAGUCGUUAAGGAAUUAGGUUUAACCGUUCUGAAUAAGGACGACAGUAUAACACCUGAUCUGAUGAUUCAAUGCUGUGAACGUUUGUUACUGCAUAAAAAUGUUUUGGCUCCUUUACUCAAUGGUGUCAUGCUCUGGGUGACGCACUAUUACUCCGUGAUGAGCGACGGUGUAUUGUGCAUACCGUGGGAUUGGAAACUUUGACUCUCACUGUAACAUAUUAUACAUAUAAUAUUUCUUUCUGCUGUUCUCCUCGAAGCCAAUUAGUAUAGGAUUUAAUAUAUGAAUGAAUUGUAUGGUCAUUUACAUAGGCAUUAAACAUGUGAUAAAGAAAUGCUAAAUAUUAAGCUUGCAUGUCGAUUGCAAUUGUUAUAUAAUAUUUAACCAUUAUCUAUAUGAUUUUAAUCGAGUAUUACAGAGGAGAUAUUUUGUAAACGUUACGCAAUAACGCGUGUAGUGGAAUAAAAAGAUUCUAAAUUUUUUAA